UGAUGAACCACACUCCAUACCAGUUGGAGGCGGUAAUGCACAGCUUCAGUUUUUUCCAACCGCAAAUAAACCUCAGAAGAAGAAGAUACCGCGCAUGACCCACGUGACUUCCGCCUUCAGGUUCUUUCCAUAGAGGUCUAUAGGAGAGUCGCCUCACUCUCUAUUGUAACGCCCUGAGUUCUCUGUCUGAUGAAAAAUAAAGUAACGUUGCUUCGCUGAGUUUGGAUGAAAGAGCUGUAACUGUUUAGGAACCGUUAAAGGAUCGUUAGAAGAGAAACUAACAACAGAGAUGUGGAGGCAGCAGCUCAAACGGUGGCAGAGUGCAGCAGAGGGAGAGAUUUCUAAGACGGCGACAAAAGACAAAGAAUAUAAGCUGAGUCACGACAUCAUGGAUGCUGGUUUCAACCCCAGAGUUGUGCUGCACAGAUUAGAUGUUAAGCAGAUCCUCCUGGUUAAAGAAGCUCCUCUAGACCACAGACCUUGUGAUGACCUGCAUGACCCAAAGCCCCCACACAUAAAGGAGGAACAGGAGGAAGUCUGCACCAGUCUGGGAGGAGAGCAGCUCAAUGGGAAAGAGGAGUUUAAUCCCAUCAGGUUUCCAGUGAAUGCUACUCCCAUAAAGAGUGAGGAUGAUAAACAGUCCCUACUGCUCUCACAGAUUUAUCAAGACAAAGUUAAAGGCAGAGAGCUUCCAGAAGAGAACGAUGGAGGAGAAGAAUCCAUCCGGUUACAACAUCAUGAAGAUGGUUCCAUUUCUCCACAAACUGAAGACACUAAGGAUGAAGAGGAUGAUGAUGUAAAGCACCCCGUCUCUGAGCUGAAACACUUGUCCGACUCUGGACUGAAAACUAAGGACAUGGACAAUGACUGGAAGGAGAGCAGAGCUCCUAAGUCAGAUGGAAACAAUAACAACCCUUUUAACUCCCCUGAGUUUGCUGAACUAUGUGUUGACCAUCACUUGCUUCAGAAAGACGAGAAAUAUUCAAAAAUACGAUCUUCAAGAUAUCUGGAUAAUAAGACAUGUUUUACAGAGAAGAAAAAUCUGGACUCAAAAAAGAAAGUCCAGAAAGGAGUAAAGCUUAGCUGUGAAGACUGUGGUAAAACAUUUAUUAGAAAACACACUUUACAAAUACACAUGAGAAUCCACACAGGAGAGAAACCUUUCUGUUGUGAUCUGUGUGGACAAAGAUUUAGCCAGAAAGCAAAUUUAAACAGACACAUGAGCAUCCACACAGGACAGAAACUUUUCUGUUGUGAUCUUUGUGGACAAAGAUUUAGUCGUAAAGGAAAUUUAAACAGGCACAGGAGAAGCCACACAGGUCAGAAACCUUUCUGUUGUGAUCUUUGUGGUGAAAGAUUUAGUCAAAAAGCCUAUUUAAAAAAACACAUAACAAUCCACACAGGCGAGAAACCUUUCUGUUGUGAUCUUUGUGGCGAAAGAUUUAGUCAAAAAGCCUAUUUAAAAAAACACACAAGAAUCCACACAGGUGAGAAACCUUUCUGUUGUGAUCUUUGUGGACAAAGAUUUAGUCAAAAAGCCUACUUAAUCAAACACACUCAAAUCCACACAGGACAGAAACCUUUCUGUUGUGAUCUGUGUGGACAAAGAUUUAGCAAGAAAUCAAAUUUAAACAAACACACUCGAAUUCACAUAAGGCAGAAACCUUUCUGUUGUAAUCUUUGUGGAGAAAACUUUUGUCAAAAAGCCUAUUUAAACAAACACAUAAGAAUCCACACAGGGGAUAAGCCUUUCUGUUGUGAUCUUUGUGGACAAAGAUUUAGGCAUAAAUCGCAUUUAAACAGACAUAUAACAAUCCACACAGGACAGAAACCUUUCGGUUGUGAUAUUUGUGGACAAAGAUUUAGGCAAAAAUCAUGUUUAAACAGACACACUCGAAUCCACACAGGACAGAAACCUUUCUGUUGUGAACUUUGUGGACAAAGAUUUAGCCAAAAAUCACAUUUAAACAGACACAUAAGAAUCCACAUUGAAAGGAAAAUGGCUUAGCUAUAAAUACUCGCUCAAGCUGCACGGCUGUAGUUUGCUGUGGCAAAUUGAUGUCAUUUGUGAUUAGAGUCAACAUUCUUCAAAUGUUUCAAUGUUUCUCUUGUGGUUAAUUUAUAUAUUUUUCUUAAAGAUGUCUUUACUUGUAUAACUGGAAUUUCUUUGCCAGGUAAGUUUUAUUCACUAUAUUUAGUCUUUUUGUUUAGAUGGAGCUGUAGCACAGGUGUGUUUUCAUGGUAUGUAAAUAGUUUUACGGUUUUAGAUACAGAAUCAGGGCACCUUGCUGUCAUUAGGUCGACCAUGAACUCCUCUGUAUACCAGAGUAUCUUUGAGUCAAGGUUAAUCAG